UGAUCUUUAUCCGCUGGAAUCGCAGGGCGCUGUUUGCCUGUAAAGAGACAAUGCCCUGAUGUGUUUUGCUGCAAAUCGAAAAUCGCCUGCCGCUGAAACGCAUGUGCAGGUUUGGAUUAAAUGAUGUUAUGUUUAUAACGCAAGGCAGUUUUUUUUUUUUUUUUUUUUUUUACGUUUUGAAAAAGCAAAAGGCGCGUGGCGUUUAACGUGACAUGAGACCUUACCUACGGUCAGCUUAAGCGCCUUUAAUGUAGAUGAGGUGAUAACGUUGCCUCCCCUCAGGUUUUUUUUUUUUUUUUUUUUACACGCUCGGCGCAGCAGCUUCAGAGGAGAAACUGCAGAUUACAGCCGAGGGAUGGUGGCGGAGAUGGCGAGUUGUGGAGCGGCAUGCCACCUGGAAGACGGAGACGGGGACGUCCCUGCCCUGGCGAACAAAGAUAACCUGUCAGAGGGUGAUGGCAGCAGUUCAGAGACUGCAGGAGCAUCCACUGAGGAGAGCUCAGAUGAGGAUGAGGAGGAGAACGACGAGGAGGAGGAGGAGAAGAAUUCUGAAGGGGGCGCUGAAGACGAUGAAAAGGGAGAAGGGAAUUCUGGAUCUGAAGGAGCAGGAGCUGAACCUCAAGCCGCUGCUGUAAAUGGGAGAGAUGAACGAUUUAAGAUAUGCUGUGAAAAAUGCAAAUCCGUCCAUCAGACUCACGGCACGGAGCUUGUUACUCCUCAGAGGAAGUCUAAGGGACGUUUCCAGUUGCAGCUGGAAGGAGAAGGCACGUAUGAGUGUUCGGUCACCGGUCUGGUCUUCGAAGCAAGCGAGCCGGUUCUGGUGCGGUAUUCUAUUCUGUCUUGGUCCAAGUUUGGCUCCUUCCUGCCAAACUCCUGGAAGUUCGCCGGACCGAUCUUCAACGUCGACACCGUCGACAAGGACGCGUCUGUCCUCACCUCUAUCCAGUUCCCCCACUCCAUCUGCUUAGCCCAUCCAGAGGAGGACCUGACGUUCAAGGUUCUGCACGUUAAGGACAACGGUCCCCUCAUUGAGCCGACCGCAGACCACUCAGGAAGCCACGUGAAGUGGAACGUGACGUCCCUCUCGCCGGUCGGUCCCAUCAUUCAGAAGUCAGGGUCCGUGGAGCACCACGGGGUGGUUCUAGUCUACAAGCAGCUCGGCAGCGACACCAACAACUACAGCUUCCACGUCUACCUAGCGACAAACAGCUCGUCCGACAUUAAAGAUAUAGGCAAACAAGUUCGGGGCUACAAGAAUCGAUACAUGAAGAUCGAUAAGCCUCCCACGUGUAAAUUGGACGAGGGGACGUAUCGCCUCGUGAGUGAGCCGGAGGGGGACAUCAAACCUGAGGAGCUGAAGUUCACGCUCGCUGUGACCAAGAUGAAAGGCUACUUUGAAGCUUUCUUUGAGGAGCGGCCUCCUUUCAAAUUGUCUCUAAUAGAGAUCGACACGGACGAGACCGUCUGGUCUGCCACCAUCAGAGAAGGCGACUGUGUGGACAGCUCAGAAAAAAAGUCAAGGAAAAGGACAAUCUCUGGCAGACAGAGGAGCAGCAGCCACUCAGAAGAAGAAAUGGCCUGUAAAAGACCGAAGUGGCAGGACGAGUCAGAUGGAGUGAAAGCAGGGAAGACUCAGGAUCAGGACUUGUCAGAGAAGCAGCUCCUGCAGAUCGCCCGCCAACUUGGGACAGAGUGGAAGCAGGUGGCCAUCUUCCUGGGCAUAGAGUCGAAAUAUGUGGAUCACCUCCAGGUUGUGGAAAACUGUCUGAACAUGCAAAAGCUGAAAAUGCUGCUGGAGUGGAAGAAAAGGCAAUCAGGAAAAGCUACAGCAUACCACCUGUUGGACAGUUUGGAUGAUCUGGACUCCUUGCCGAAUGAGGUUCGUCAGAUUCUGAAAGGUAUGAUGGACAACCAAGCUGAUAAGUAAAGAAGAAAUGUGUUCAAAAACUGAAAUAGCUGUUGCUUCAUCAAAUGAACGCAACAAGAAGCUCAGGUGUGCAAUGAAGCAACGUCGACCCUUCGGACCAAACUUAAAACUUUUCCCUUUUUGUUUCCAACACAUGAAACAGUAACAUUUUUAAAUCUACAUGUAAAUAAAUUCAGAUGUGCGCCUUUGUUUUCUAUAAAAAGUACAGACUAAUGAUGACGUCUUUGAGUAACUAUGUUUAUGAAUGACGCAGAGGUCAUUGAGAGGUUUGGUAGCUAAUUGUGUAGCCCAUAACAAACGAAAAUGUAGGUGCUGUAGUCAUGGAACUGCACAAAUCAUGAACAGUUCAUUGUAUAAAAUAUGUUUCAGUUUAAGGUGAAACCUUGUGAAAUACUUAGUGAAAACAACCAGGCAUUAGAACAGAUCUGUGAGUCUGUUUUAAGAUUUACAGACUGAAUUGUGGAUUUUUUUUAUUUGUAAAUUAGAGGUUUUUAUACUCGUAUUCUUCCUGUCCUGUACAUAUCUUUUUUUUUUUAACCAAGAUCUGUUUUUCUGAACUGUGGUUUAUUUUUCUACAUCUGUUUCGAUUGUAUGUCUAUUAGUGUUUUAUUUUAUAUUUGCUAUGUUUGUGUGAAACUAUACAGAAAUGUAACCGGUCCAAAAUGUCAUGUUUUGAUGUGGUUCAGGAAUUAUUUCUUUUUGUCUUGAGUCGAGAACAUGCGUAUUGUUUGUAAAGCUUGAACUAAUUUGUGUAUUUCAGAUGGGUACUGUAAAAAAAACAACAAAAAGAACUUGUUCUACAAGUGUUUGAAUUUAAGGCUGGAUUUGAGCAUAAAUCUGGGAAAUGUUUUUCUGAAAUUUGAUUCACAGAUUUAGAACCACUAAGGUCAGAAAAACAAACUUGACUGUACAAACUCUGGGAGAUAUAAGUUAAAUUACUUGAAACAUUGUUGAUUUGUCAACACUUUUACAGAAUAACUGAAGCAGCCAUGUUUUUUACAACUGAAUCAUUUCUUAUUAUGUCCAGAUAUUAAUUAGCUUUCAGAAAAGCAGCUUUACAGAACUUACAGCUGAUGUUUUUAUUUGUCCUUAUUUUUGUCAGGUCUGAAUCCCUCCAACAAUUUUUGGAAAAAAGUUAACUCUUAAAGUGAAUAAAACAUGAGAUGGAUUUAUGUUUUAAUUUUGUGAUUAUAAUCCUGUUUCUAAAAAAAAAAAAAAGAAUUGAGACAAUGUACCAAAUGAGAACUCAAUAAAGUUGCUGAUAAAUUGCUAUGAAAUGUUAAAAACCA